AAACUUUGUAAUUGCCUUUUAAAUUGUGGCUGGGAAAUUAGCACUGCUCUUAUCAAAUGGAAGUGAUUCUGGGAAGCUCAUCAGCCUCUCCUUGUGGCCAACCUCUCCUCUUUACCAAUUCCCGCCCAAAUCUCACCUUUUUCUCCUCGCAGGUGUUUCUAUUCCAUCAACACCUAAGGAAGGAGGAGAAAGCUAGAUAUAGCUUGUGCUGUUCUUUAUCUAUUAAAGAGCAAAACACACCAAAUUGCUUUUCAGCUCCAAAUAUAAAUGAUGGAUACAAAAGAUUUACACCGUCCUUUAAGCAGCUUGACAAGAGAUUAAUUUUAUGUUGCGGUAUGUUUGUGCUGAAGACUAAAUGCAUUCCCGGGCUCAGAAAAAUAUCCAUCAGCAUCCAAAAAUCACUACAAUUCUCUGCACUGUUUAAUAAUAUUGUUCCUGCUUUUUCUGUGAGUAAUUUUGUUCUUGGCGUGAUGCUUGUCAUGACAUUGGGUUCCACCGUCGCCAAAACUCCUUCCUUGGCCCUUACUGAAGAAAAUCUUCUUUUCUUGGAGGCAUGGAGGACACUUGACCGUGCAUAUGUUGAUAAAACAUUCAAUGGGCAGAGUUGGUUUAGGUAUAGAGAAAGUGCACUACGCAAUGAGCCUAUGAACACAAGAGAAGAGACAUAUGCGGCUAUUAGAAAGAUGGUUGCUACACUUGAUGACCCUUUCACUCGGUUUUUGGAGCCUAAAAAAUUUAAGAGUCUGCGGUCAGGAACACGAAAUACUCUCACUGGAGUAGGGAUUUCAAUUGGUUACCCUACUGGAAAAGAUAAAUUGACCUCUGGGCUGGUGGUUGUCUCUGCUGCCCCAGGAGGUCCGGCAAAUAGGGCUGGAGUUCUUUCUGGGGAUUUAAUUCUUGCAAUUGAUGAUAUGAGUACUGAGAGCAUGGGAAUAUAUGAUGCUGCUGAACUCUUGCAGGGCCCUGAAGGAAGUAGAGUUGAGCUAGUUGUACGUCAUGGUUCUGAGACAAAGAACCUCUCCGUGGUACGAGAGAAAGUUUCACUGAAUCCAGUGAAGUCUCGAGUAUGCAGAACGUCUAGCUUGGGUGAUGAUGGUCCUCUGGUUGGAUAUAUCAAAUUAACAACAUUCAACCAAAAUGCUUCCGGUGCUCUUAGGGAGGCAAUCGAGAAAUUGAGAGAAAAUAAUGUAAAUGCCUUCAUACUGGACCUCCGGGAUAAUAGUGGGGGACUUUUUCCUGAAGGAGUUGAAAUCGCUAAGAUAUGGUUGGACAAGGGUGUCAUUGUAUACAUUUGUGAUAGUCGAGGUGUGAGAGAUAUAUACGAGACCGAUGGAACCAAUGCAACAGCAGCAGCCUCUGAACCAUUGGUUGUGCUGGUAAAUAAAGGAACAGCAAGUGCUAGUGAAAUUUUAGCUGGAGCACUGAAGGACAACAAUCGUGCGGUUGUACUUGGAGAACCUACUUACGGAAAAGGCAAGAUUCAGUCAGUUUUCGAGCUGUCUGAUGGCUCUGGAUUGGCUGUAACUGUUGCUCGUUAUGAAACACCUGCACAUACUGACAUUGAUAAGGUUGGCAUAAUUCCAGACCAUCCUCUGCCAGUUUCAUUUCCGAAAGAUGAAGAAAGUUUGUGUGGUUGCCUUUUGGACAGUACAUCUGCUUGCUACUUAAAUAGGGCGGAAUUAUUCUUCAGAUGAUACUUCAAGAAGCAGUUUAUUUCUAUGGAUUCUUUUAUUCUUAUUGACAUUCUGGAUGAGGUUGAAGUUGGAGGCAGGAAUUUGGUUUCGAAUAUGCGAGGGAAAAGCCCUUUGGUCACCCUGUAAAGACUUUUUGGAAAGAUAAUCCAAGUUGUAAUCCGCAUGUUCAAUGAUUUUUAUUUCGUUUAUGCAUGGUUGGGCUGUCUUGUAUAUUCAUUUUCUUGAAGUAUUUAUUAUAAAUUGAAAUAAUAAAUAAUUAGUUUGUAUCCCUUACAAUGGACCGGAAAAUGUUACGGCGUUAAGAUUUAUAAAUUAUGUUC